GAGACGGAGUGAGACGUGAAACUGACGCGCUUAUUUUUCCAUUUCUUCAGCUCGGGAAAAUGUCCUGAACGGUCGGAAACAGUCGGAAAGUGGAGACGAAGCGUAAUAGCUCAAGUUAAGGGAGACAUAUUUCCCGAGGGGGGAACGAAGUAGGACGAGUGUGUUGGUGAACUUUUGGUUGUUAUCUGGUGAACGCGCGAGGCCUGAGAGAGUCGACUCAUUGAUUCACCGACUCACUGAUUCACUCAGUGCAACAGGUCUCCUCUCAGCCAUGGAGUAGAAACCCGACACCGGGGCUGAUUUAUCGCGUUUUUUAUUUAGUUUUAAUCUGAUAUUCAUCUUUGUUGUUGUUGUUUAUCCCGAUAAGACUUAUAAAACUGCUUAUUCCCAGGAAAGUGAGUUUUCGGUAUAUAUAUCCACUAAGAUAACCGAGCUCUCGAAAAAAAAAAAGGAGAAAUAUUCAAGAUUAAACUCGGGAUUAAAUGCGAUACGAAGCCAAAAUGAUGCCGAUGUUCUUGACCGUGUACCUCAGCAACAACGACCAACACUUCACAGAGGUGCCCAUAACUCCGGAGACGGUGUGCCGCGAUGUGGUGGAGCUCUGCAAGGAGCCAGGAGAGGUGGACUGCCACUUAGCUGAGAUGUGGAGAGGAUCAGAGCGAGCUGUAGGCGAGGGCGAGAGGAUGCUGGAGCUACUGCAGCGCUGGGGCUCACGCAGAUCAGAGGUUCGCUUCUUCCUGCGCCACGAUAGAACUCCCGGCCGAGAGCCAGGAAAUGCCAGGAGCAUGGAACCGAGAAGGAACGGUGUUAAAGGACCCCCAGAUAGACGGAUGGAAAAUGGGGUGGCCGCUCCACGCAUGGACAUGACUCUGGCUGAGCUGCAGGAGAUGGCGACCCGACAGCAGCAACAAAUCGAUGCACAGCAGCAACUCCUUGCCUCUAAGGAGCAGCGCCUGCGCUACCUGCAGCAGCAAGAUCAGAUGAAGCAGCAGCAGGCGUCCGAACAGGAGAAGCUACAGCGUCUUAGGGAGAACGUGGAGAAGCAGGAGGCUCGACUCAAGAAAGUGCGGGCCCUCAAGGGCCAGGUGGAGCAGAAGCGCAUCAGCAACGGAAAACUGGUGGAGGAGAUCGAGCAAAUGAACAAUCUGUUCCAGCAAAAGCAGCGUGAGCUGGUGGUGGCGGUGUCUAAAGUCGAGGAGCUCAGCAGGCAGAUGGAGAUGCUGAAGAGCGGCAAGAUGGACGCCCUAAAUGAUAAUCAGAGCGCCGUGGCCGAGCUCGAUCGCCUCUACAGGGAGCUUCAGCUAAGGAACACCAUGAACCAGGAGCAGAACUCCAAGCUGCAACAGCAGAGGGAGAACCUGAACAAGAAGAAUCAGGAGGUGGCCGCCAUGGACAAGCGAGUCAGCGAGCUCCGUGAUCGCCUGUGGAAGAAGAAAGCAGCGCUGCAGCAGAAAGAGAAUCUUCCUAAUGGCUUCCCGCUUAAGGAAAAGGCUUCAAAAGAUACCCAACCCAAGGUCCCUCCUGAUGGCCAGCCCCCUCAAUCAGGCGGUCAGUCUCGUGUGGCCGCGGUGGGGCCGUACAUCCAGUCGUCCACCAUGCCCCGCGGUCCAGCACGGCACGAUCUGCUGAAGCCCACCUACCCCGACGGCACAGCCACACUCCCACCUCAGGACAAGAGCGCUGGCACGACGUCCAAACCUGGCACAGGGCUGCCAUCAUCCAAGGUGCUGAAAGUGUCUGACUGGAGCUCACCCACUCCAGACUCCAACAGCAGCCAUGCCUCGUCCACUUUACCACGACUGCCCAGCCAAGUGCCAGCAGAGCAAGCUUCAGACGACACAGACGUGUUGAAAAGAGCACAGCAGGACCGGAAGACACGUCCCGUCUCUAUGUUUGACUCCACUGAGCCGUCGACAGCCUCCUUACGCAAGAACCAGAGCAGCGAUGACCUUGCAAGGGACGCCCAGAAUGCUGCGAAAAUCCCAGUUAAAGUGCCCCCUCCCGUGCCAAGCAAACCCAGACAGGUCAAUCUGCCGUUCCCAGGUGCAGGCACUUUCCCCGGCAAGGGCAAAGUAAGCAGCCAGCAGCAGCAGCAGCGCACACCUCUUCCUGCAGCUCAGAGUAACACGCUACCCCUGCCAUCCAAGCAGGAAACCCCGCCGGCUGCCACCGUUCGACCUUUCACCCCGGAGCCUAAGGAUCCACCUAUGCAGAAACCUCAGAUGGUGGCAGCCAGCUCCAUCUACUCCAUGUAUACGAAGCAAGCAGCAGCAGGAAAGGGCUUGCCUCAAAAUGUGCCGGGCGCACUGAACCGCUCACAGAACCGCUCCAACUUUGUAAGCAUGUACGGUAAGCCGGUGAUUGCCGCAGGACAGCAACCCCAUUCGCCGCAAAUGGACAACCCCUACAUGGAGCGCCCUAACGGCCCUGACUCAGACACCGACCAAGGCACGAACGGCGCCCCUGCACCCGAGAACCAUGAGACGGAGCGCAUCCCGCGCCCCUUAAGCCCCACCAAGCUGCUGCCCUUCAUCUCCAACCCCUACCGCAACCAGAGCGACAUGGACCUCGAGGCACUCCGUAAGAAGCUCUGCAACGCCCCGAGGCCUCUUAAAAAGCGCAGCUCCAUCACUGAACCCGAAGGUCCUGCCGGUCCCAACAUCCAGAAGCUCCUCUACCAAAAAACCACACUGGCCGCCAUGGAAACCACGGUCAACCCCCCUAAACCCAUGGAGGAGGAGAGCGCCCUGCCCGAUCCGGUCGGUACCGAACAAAUCCCAGAAUCCCAGUCUCCUGAACAGCCACCUCCCGACCCUCUGCCGACUAUAGACGUCCUGAAAAUCGACGGCGAGGACUUCAUCCCGCCCCCGCCCCCGUCUCACCCCGCUCCUCGCCCCGAAGACGCCUUCCUAAUCCCUCCUCCACCGGCUCCUCUUGAGGAUGAAGACCAGCACCAGUUAUCACCCGACAGCUAUGUGGAGGAGUUCCCUCCGUAUCCUCCUCCUCCUUAUCCGAGCGGUGCUGAGCAGGAAGCUCUGGGUGAAGACACGAUGAACAUGAAGCCACCAGAGGUCAUGGGGCAAGUGCCUCUACCACCAGGCAAAAGGACGAACCUGCGUAAGGUCGGAUCGGAGCGCAUCGACCACAGCAUGAGGGUGAAAUUCAACCCCUUGGCAUUACUUCUGGACUCUUCUCUGGAGGGAGAGUUUGAUCUGGUCCAGAGAAUAAUCUAUGAGGUCGAGGACCCCAGUCAGCCUAACGAUGAAGGUAUCACGGCUCUACAUAAUGCCGUUUGUGCCGGACACACGGAGAUCGUCAAGUUCCUUGUCCAGUUCGGAGUCAACGUUAACGCUGCAGACAGCGACGGCUGGACUCCGCUGCACUGUGCCGCGUCCUGUAACAACGUGCAGGUGUGCAAGUUUCUCGUGGAGUCUGGAGCAGCAGUGUUUGCCGCCACGUACAGUGACAUGCAGACGGCUGCAGAUAAGUGUGAGGAGAUGGAGGAGGGCUACACCCAGUGCUCGCAGUUCCUCUAUGGAGUCCAGGAGAAAAUGGGCAUCAUGAACCGGGGCGUGGUGUACGCGCUGUGGGACUACACGAGUGAAGAAGACGACGAGCUGCAGUUCAGAGAAGGAGACUGCAUGACCGUGGUGAGGAGAGAGGACGAAGACGAGGUCGAGUGGUGGUGGGCGCGCAUGGGGGACAAAGAAGGCUACAUUCCCAGGAACCUACUUGGGUUGUAUCCAAGAAUAAAACCACGACAGAGGAGUUUGGCUUAAACACCCAUUAAAACAAAAAAAUACGAGGAGACAUAAAUCUGUAGGACAUCUGCGGAAAAAUGUACUCGCACACACACCACGGACACUGACUCAAAAUCAAAUGAAGAGACCAAAACAUGAAGGAUUUUUUUUUUGCUUUUCUGGAAGAACAAAUCAAGAAAACCGAACCUCCUGACUGCAGUCACUGCACUUUUCUAUGGCUUCAAUUUUUCUUCGUGCUUUUGUGAGUAGGUCUUUGUGUCUUUAUGAAACACGUCUGUAUCAUGCCCUUUAAUUUCACCACCAUGUAGCAGCUCAGAUAUUUGCUGAAGCCUCAUUUUUGUUACAUUUAUUUUUUUUUUUAUACAGAGGGCUCAGAUAAUCCUGUGCAUUUACCAAAACUAUGAACUGUGUAAAUCUGAUAUGAGAGCUGUGAAUAUAAGCUUUGUUGUUGGUGUUUUUUUUGUAGUAGUAGUAGUAGUCAUUAAAGCGUGUAGUUGAACUGGAAAAAAAAAAACUUCAAAUCACUUUAGACCACUUAAAUUCUAUUUUCUUUAUAAAAGACUCAACUCAAAGUUCUUUAUGUUCUUACACUGAAGUCCAAUGAAGCUAUAAAUAGACUUGGGCUAAUUAGAGCUUUGAUGUGAGCGCUGUUACCAUAAGUCAGUGUUUGUUUUGCCCUUACAUUUAAAUACAACAUGAAAUGACUCAAACUGUAAAUGUUUCAGCAAUUAUGAGUGGUUACAACAAAAUAACACAUUUAUGCACAUUUAUGCAAAAAGCCAUUUUGUACAUGUAGUAUUCAGAUUCUGUUCUUUGCAUUAAGAAACACAUUGUCAUUAGAUUACUAGAUUGAUGGAGGCUGUUUUUUCUUUCUUUUUCCUUAGUGUCUAAAAACUCUUUAGUAUAUCAUCUUUUGCUGUUUUUUUGUACACUCCCAGCCUUCUAUAUUGUUAAAGCAGCUGUAUUUAUUGUACUUAAUUUUUCAUCUCCAUGUCAUGAUCUGUAACACGACUCAAUUACAGUACUUUAAACACUA